AUGGAUAAACGUUCGGAUCCCGAGAAAUCUCGUCAAACAAACGUGCCUGUUGUACCGUCUGUUGCUCCGGUACCUCCUUUGAGAUUGAAACCGUCAACGAUGAACUGGCUUAUGAGUCGUGGAUUUGCGGCGAUGGCACCACGGGUACCGCGACCACCGCCAAUGCAACCACCGACACCGCAAUUGCCGAAAUCGCGACCACUGGGACCGCGUUCACCAGCACCGCGUUCAUCAGGAUCGCGUUCAUCAGGACCACGUUCAUCAGGGCCGCGUUCACCAGGACCGCGUUCAUCAGGACCGCGUUCACCAGGACCGCGUUCAUCAGGACCGCGUUCACCAGAACCGCGUUCACCAGGACCGCAAUCACCACCAUCGCGACCAUUAGAACCGCGACCGUUAGAACUGCGUCCAUCAGGACCACGCUCAAUGGGACCGCGACCGCUGGGACCGCGACCAGUUGGACCGCGACCGCUUGGACCGCGAUCAUUGGGACCGCGAUCAUUUGGACCGCGACCAUUUGGACCGCCACUUCCCAUUGUUCCUCCAAAUAUGAACAUUCUGUUGGGUGAAAUGCCUAACCCUCCAGUGUACGGAUAUAUGCCAGCCGUGGUUGAUGAACAUCGUUUCCGACGCCGUCGCCAGGUUCAUACACGUACGAACCCUGCAUGGACUCUGUCUGGGAUUAACUUGCAAUCGUUGCUUUCCAACAUCAAUAGUCAUCAGUCUGCGCGGAAAGUUGUCAGUGUUACUUACACAGAUCCAACUGGUGGAAGUAUGAUUGUAUCACGUCGCCGUGAGGAUGGAAAUCUUGAUGUUCGUAUGGUCUACUCUCGUGAAUUUAUUGUUGCUGCAUCAGCUAGUCCACUUGCACUAUUGCCACCUCCUAACUUCCGCCAUAUGGUCCUCAAUAUGAUGGAAAUUAUCGCGAAAUUCCCGAAAAGCUAUCACAAUACCGUCUCCCAGGAUUCCUCAUCAUCCAGCUCAGAAUAAAUUCUGUAAAUUGUUCCCUCUCCUUUUUCACUUUCCAUACCUCCGAACCGCUCUUACCAUCUACCUUUUCCAAC